CUGAGCUUCCUUUAAUUGGUGUGCCCUGUGGAUUGAUAUUCAGUUCCAGUCCCAUUAUUUGAUUUUUAUUGCUAAAGUUGUUUUAUAAAUGUUCUUAGCUAUGGAAUGCUAAUUUUAUAUUUUCCGCAAAUCUUUUAUAAUCUUUCUCAAGACUUUUUACACGAUAUGUCCGUCGACCAUCUUCUUAUUCAUAGGCACGGUUAAGGUCGACCUCCGGCGCUUCUUUCCCUCGUUCACUUGCUCCAACAUCUUUCACAUUCCAAGUUAGAGAUCAAUUAUCUGCACCGCAAACAAGAGAAAGCGAUUUUGGAUCGGAAAAUCCGGCAAGGUCAUGCUCUAGUGUCCCUACUUGAGCCGUUAGGGUUGGGGCUGGGGCAAAUUAUGACGCAAACGGAGUUGGAAUGGAUUCGGACAAGGUCUGGAUUGGGCUGGUUAUGGUUGGAAGAGGAGAAAAUGGGGGACGUUGGGAAUGGUGGAUAUUUUUGUUAUUUGUGCGUUGUGAGGCACGUGGGCACAACAAUGCAUUCGUUCGGGUACAGAGCCAAUGCCUUGUUCACCUUCGCCAUCACUAUUCUCGCACUGAUGUGUGCCAUGGCCUCUUUCUCCGACAACUUCAAUACGUCAUCUCCCACCUCACAAGUCCAAGUGUUGAACAUUAAUUGGUUCCAGAAGAAACCGGAUGGUGAUGACGAGGUGAGCUUGACAUUGAACAUAUCAGCAAACUUAGAUUCGCUAUUUACGUGGAAUACAAAGCAGGUCUUUGUAUUUUUGGCUGCUGAAUAUGAAACUUCUACAAAUGUGCUUAAUCAGGUAUCUUUGUGGGAUGGUAUUAUACCUUCCAAAGAACACGCUAAGUUCUGGAUUCACACGACUAACAAGUAUCGUUUUAUUGAUCAAGGAAGCAAUCUAAGGGGCAAAGACUUUAACUUAACACUGCAUUGGCAUGUCAUGCCUAAGACGGGCAAGAUGAUUGCCGACAAAAUAGUCAUGAGUGGCUACCGUUUGCCACAGGAAUCAGUGGCGGAGCCACCCCAAAGGCUGGGGUGGGCUCCACCCCGGUCUUAAUUUUCUGGCUUCGUUAAUUGUAUACUGGUAAAAUAGUAUUUUAGCCCAUGUUAAAUUAUAUUAGCCCAGUAUUAAUCUUAUUUUGGCCCAAAAUAAGUUAAAUUUGUUUACAUUAAAUCAAUAGAUUAUAUAUUUGAACAUGAUUUGAGAUUCUUUCCACUUUUCCUUUUAGAUUAUUAUGCCUCUUUUAUGUUAUUUU